AUGGUGGCAAAGAAAAAAAAGAAGUACUCAACGGGAGAGGGGGCUCAAUUUAUGACGAGAAAAGCUGCAUUAAAAAAGCUUCAACUAACUUUAAAGGACUUUCGCCGCAUAUGUAUUCUUAAAGGGAUUUAUCCUAGAGAACCUCGUAAUCGUAAAAGAGCUCAAAAAGGGGCAGGUGGUAUUAAAACGUUAUACCAUACAAAAGACAUAAAAUUCCUUCUACAUGAACCAAUAAUAUGGAAGUUGCGAGAGUUAAAAGUAUUUCAACAAAAAAUUCGCAAAGCUCGUGCAAUGCGGGAAUAUCAGAAGAUGAAAAAGUACUUCAGGGACUACCCAGAGAUAAAUAUUGACCACAUAGUUAAAGAAAGAUACCCGACAUUCGUAGAUGCUCUCCGAGAUCUUGAUGAUUGUUUGACUCUGUGUUUUUUAUUCAGUACAUUUCCUUCUCUCAAAAAAGUGCCCCCAGAUCAGUCUCUUCUUUGCAGAAGGCUGACUGUAGAGUUUAUGCAUGCUAUUAUAGCUGCAAAGGCUCUUCGCAAAGUAUUUGUUUCUGUAAAAGGUUACUACUAUCAAGCAGAACUCGAAGGUCAAACAAUAACAUGGAUUGUACCACAUCACUUCUCAUUCCAACCACAAAGUAAAGAUGAGGUGGACUUCAAAAUUAUGUCGACAUUUGUUGAAUUCUACAUAAUGAUGUUGGGUUUCGUUAAUUUCAAACUGUAUCACUCUUUAAACCUAGUAUAUCCUCCGAAAUUAACCGCUGCAUUUAAUUCUGAUGCAGACAAAGAUCUUGUUGAUGAAAGAGCAUAUGUGGCAGAGAGGAUAGCCGCAAUGAACAUUUCAGUAGCAAAAAUAGAAGGUGCUAACGAAGUAGAGGAGCUACCCGAGAUUGAUAUUUUCAACACUGAAGACACAGACCCUCAGAAACUUGAAGAAGCUAAAUUGGAAGCUGAGAAAGUGAAAAAAUUAAAGACCAUGUUCAAAGGGCUUAAAUUUUUCAUUAAUAGAGAAGUUCCAAGGGAACCUCUUGUGUUUAUAAUUCGUUGUUUUGGAGGUGAAGUAUCAUGGGAUAGGGACCAUUUUGUUGGUGCAACUUUUGAUGAAUCAGAUGAAUCAAUCGCUUAUCAGAUUGUUGAUAGACCCAGCAUGGACAAACAAUAUCUAUCUCGCUAUUAUGUUCAACCACAAUGGGUGUUUGACAGUGUAAAUGCAAGAACUUUACUUCCAAUUAAUAAAUACUUGAUGGGAGCAGUUCUGCCUCCCCACUUGUCUCCAUUUGUUGAUAAGACUAAAGAUCAAGUAUAUAUACCUCCGGAAGAAAGGGCACUCAAUGAUCCCAAUUUCAAACCUUUAGAUGGAGAUGAUCCAUCAGAUAGUGACAUCGAAGAAGCGAGUGAUGAAGAUAAUGAUGAAAAAGAAGAGGACAGUGGCGACGCUGAAGCAGCCCUCACAAAACAGUACCAGCAAGAAGUGGAGCAAGAUUCCCAGUCUGAAGACAGUGAGAACGACAUUGAUCCGGAGAAAAAGAAAAUAGCUAAGGAAAAGAAAAAAGCCAUGGCUGUUACAUCUGGUGUAACUCACAAAGAACAUCCUUAUCAGAAAGAAAUAGAAGAUAAACAAGCUUUCAGGUUAAGAGAGAAACUUGUAAGAAAGAAACACAGGAACUUGUAUAAGAGCAUGAAAGCUGGACAAGAGAAACGAAAGAAAGAAAUAUGGCUCUUGAGGAAAAAGAGGCGUUUACACGACGAAAAAGUCAAAGAAGACAAAAAAGCAGAGAAACGAAAACAAAAAAUGCAAAUGUUAGAAGCCGCGUCGUCUUAAUUCAAAUUAAUAAAAAUACAUUACUGUAAA